AUGGCCCGUCAUCCAACCUACAUCUUAGCGCCAAAUCUUCAGUUUAAGGCAGAAACAGGGCCUAUUGCACUGGGCAACCUGAUUGCCGACCCUUUCCGACCGCACCGUGCCCUUACAUCUAUCACCCCAACGGCUCUCCAGCAGAAUUAUCCACGCAUUAAAUCCGUUACGGACCAUGAAUUUAGCAAAUUCUCGACUUCAUCCCGCGAUGUAUCAAUGAGCGUGUGGGCACAUUUUGUGCACGCAGUGUCGGCCAAAAUAUCAAGAAACCACGGCUCAACCCAACGAACGGAGUAUACCAUGGAGGCACUCGAAACAAACUAUAUGGUGGAGGACCCCUCGCCUGAGGAGAUCAGGGCGCGGGUGGCUGUGCCGAGAGUUCAAUCGUUUAUGAAGGCCGGCAGCAUACCGGGGUUCAGACAACCGGUGUACAUGGUUACGGGUGUAAAGAUCGCGAAUGGACUGAGGGCAUUGGAAGAAUGGGGGAAGCACGGCGCAACCGAGGUUGAUAUCGGCAGCGAUGCUCCAACACCUGCCGGGCAGGUGGCAGGUGGGGUGAGCACAGCUCGGUCUUCGAGUGCUGAAGCGAGUGGUCGGUGGAAGGCGGCGGAUAAUAUUGUGUUCGCGUAUCAGCUGCUAAAGAUUGAGGUCAAGGGCUGGAAGGGGGCCAGGGUGGAGUAUGACGAGCUGAGACACAGGGCUGCGUUUCUGAACAACGAUAGUGAGGAUGACGACGAGUUGAACGGUGCGAAUAGCGGAGUAUUACAAGUCUCGACAAGUGCUGCACGCACAAAUAAUCUGCCAAGGCUAAGCAACAUAGACCACUUUACAUCAGUGAGUUUGGGCGAGGGCGACGACCAGAUUACAUGCAUCUCAGCAGUUGACUCGUGA